AUGGAGUUGAUGGGGGUGAUGCUGGUUAGAAGUGUCCUUUCAUUGUUCUGGGAGUCAUUUAUAUUUGAUAUCAUCAAUAUAUCUUUCCCGGAUGUAUGGCAGCUUUUCUGCUCUUAUGAUACCCAGUUAUACAAGAUGAUAGAAGAAAUUCUUCUUCGUGAUUUUCUAGGUGAUUUUUCUGUGCAACAUCUUCAAAAUGCCAGAUCCUUUGCCAAAAAGUUUAAGAGUUGGUUGGGUGAUGCAUUGGAAGGCACGCCAUUACUGUUGCAGUCACUUAAAAUGAGAGCAGCUAAUAUGUUUGUCAAUAGACUCCGAAGAAGAACUUGUAUUUGCAAUCUUGCAAAGAGUAUGCACACAGUGUUGAAUAAUCAUCGAAUGGUUAGCACUUUAAAAGCUGAUUUGCGUGCUGUCAUCAGUCAAGGGUUGUUGAAUAUCCCCAACAAGUCCACAGAAGCAUUCGGCCAUUCACUGGAAGAAGAAGGCAAUAGUUUUGAAUGGAAAUGUUUUGAUAGUCUACUGGCUUUACUGGAUUCUGCUGCUGAUAUUAGAGCUUACUUUCAAUGCGUUUCAACUCUGGUGCAUCACUUUGUAUUUCAGCCCAGCAUCUUCAAGGAGGAAGAGUUUACACAAUUAGCUGCAAAUUUCCAGCUGAGAUGGAACUACUUUUUCUCUGCGAUAAGCCGUGCUUUAACAUUGUCAAAUGCAGAAUCCUUUGGUUCAUGGCACUUGGUGAACCUUCUCAUUUCUGAGUACCUGACACAUGUACUCCAGUCCUACAUGGAAGAGGAGAUGGAAAAGUCAGUACCAGAAGGCAUAGAUCAGCCAUCACAUGGUGCAAUUCAGGACCCUGACUUGGAAUCUGUUCUCAAAACAAUUGCAGCACCAUCAGAAUCCCUUCAUGUAAAACCAGAACAAAUAAGUGACAAGGACCUUAAUCUGCAAGGUAUCAACAUCAAGCCUUUGGGACUCCAAAUUGAUACUUUGACUGGCAACAAGAUAAUUCAAGUUUUGGUUGAAGAUGAGCCAAGUAAAAGUACCCUUAAGCUGAAUCUGUCAUUAGGGAAGAAAGCAGUUGUCGCUUUAAAGAAUGGUCAGACAUUUGAAAUCCACACAUCUAUGAUGCCGCAACAGGUUGCUAGUGACAUGCAGAUAUGAAUGACUAGUUCACAUUACAUACAAUGAAGAUGUUCAAAAAACCCGAAAUAGCAUUGCUGCAGGAAUGCUGUGAUUUGGUAAUAUCUUACACUAAGGUGUAAGUGUAACCAUUUCUAGAGAAUUAACUUUAAAUAUAUAUUGAUUUGAUAUUGAUUUCUGAUCAAACAAGCAAACAAUUGUAAAUUAUACUACAUAAAGUCGACUUUAUGUAGUAUAAUUUACAAUUGUUUGCUUGUUUGAUCAGAAAUAGAACUUUAGUUUGGAGAAUCAGGGUGGGGAGAAGACAUGGCAAUGAAAUUCAGAUUUCUGUGAUUCAGAAUGAAAAAUCAAUUAUACAAGCAGUCAUCCACUGGCCAUAAAUAUAAUUUUCAAAUACAAGGUUUAUUCAAAAUCAAAAGCUGAGUGUAAAUGAAAUGAUUUUGUAUAGCAUGUUAAUUGAAGAAAAAUAAUAAACAAUUCAUAACAUAAAUUGACUCUUCUUUCUUAUUUCAAAUUAUUUUAAUAAUGACUAAUUGUUAACAAGGAAGGUUCGAUUGUAAUCAUGAAUUGUCUUUCCGCUGACUGGUUAGC